AGGUACGUGAGGUUAUAAAAAGCUGGGCGGCUCAUAAACAAGCACCUUCCCCACGAAAACACCACCAGGACUGUACGGUCGACAUCUGCGGCUUUGAAGCAGAGGGUCAAACAACGGCGUCAAGACUGGAGCCUUAAAGAAAAUAACGGGGGUUCCCGUUCAAAACACCACAGUCAUCCACCUACCGCCGUAAUCUGCAUUGAUUCUGAAACAGGCCACUGUUUUGGAAUUAACUGCAAAUUGCCAUACAUCUCGACCACCGCUUUCACCGCAACAGACCCGAAGCGUAUCGCCCCUAAAUCCAGGACAAAAUGGUCCAAAACAAGAUCACAGAAGUAACUGGAUUCCAUCGGUCAUUCAAGGGCCAAAACCCCUUUGAAUCCGAUGAGUUCUCCAAAACAGGAUCCCAUCUCCUUGAUUCGACCUUCAAUUUUGACUGCUCUGCCCGGCGUGACAUGCCAUCCAGCCAGCCAAUUGAUAUACCAGAUGCCAAGAAGAGGAAUAAGAAGAAAAAGAGGUGCCGGGCAACUGAUAGCUUCUCUGGACGAUUUGAGGAUGUGUACAGACUCCAGGAGGAGAUCCUAGGAGAAGGUGCAUAUGCCCGAGUCCAGACCUGCAUCAGCCAAAUUACCAACAAGGAAUAUGCUGUCAAGAUAAUUGAGAAAAGACCUGGACAUAGCCGCAGCAGAGUGUUCCGGGAAGUUGAGAUGCUCUACCAGUGUCAGGGACACAGAAACAUCCUGGAGCUGGUGGAGUUCUUUGAGGAGGAGGAGAAGUUCUACCUGGUGUUUGAGAAGCUGAGAGGAGGUUCUGUGCUGGCCCAUAUCCAUAAGCGGCGGCACUUCAGCGAGCAGGAGGCCAGCAUUGUGGUGCAGGACAUUGCCAGUGCUCUGGACUUCCUCCAUAACAAAGGAAUGGCCCAUAGAGACCUGAAGCCUGAAAAUAUCCUCUGUGAACAUGAAGAUCGGAUCUCCCCUGUUAAAAUCUGUGACUUUGACCUUGGUAGCGGCAUCAAGCUCAACAGCGACAGCUCCCCCAUCUCCACCCCCGAGCUGCUGACCCCGUGCGGCUCUGCAGAGUACAUGGCUCCUGAGGUGGUGGAGGCGUUUAGCGAGGAGGCCACCAUCUACGACAAGCGCUGUGACCUCUGGAGCCUGGGGGUCAUCCUCUACAUCAUGCUGAGCGGCUACCCGCCCUUCGUGGGCCACUGCGGCAGCGACUGUGGCUGGGAGAUGGGCGAACCGUGCCACGCCUGCCAGAACACUUUGUUUGAAAGCAUUCAGGAGGGGAAGUACGAGUUCCCUGAGAAGGAAUGGGCCCACAUUUCUUCAAGUGCCAAAGACCUCAUCUCCAAACUGCUGGUCCGGGACGCCAAGCUCCGUCUCAGCGCUGCUCAGGUUCUCCGCCACCCAUGGCUGCAGGGGGGUGCUAUCGACACCCUCUCCGCCAUUCUACUUCAGAGGAACAGCAGUGCUAGGGACCUGACCUUCUUUGCUGGGAAGGCGGUAGCCAUGAACCGGCAGCUGGCGGAGCAGGAGGUGCUGGAGGAGCAGCAGGAGCAGGAGGGGGCUCGGCGCCCCCUGGUGGUGACGGUGGGCGUUGGCUCCGCCUCCAUGCGCCUGUCUCCGCCCUCCGAGUCCAAGCUGGCGGCGCGGCGACGUCAGAGGGGCAGCCUGCUGAAGGGGGCGCCCGUCUCCGCCAACGAGCUGCGCCAGCUGCUCGCCCCCCUCGUCAUCAUGGGAGACUGUGCCUGAAACUACCCCCACCCCACCCCAACCUGCCCCAACUGCCCCAACCUGCCCCAACUGCCCCUACUGCGCCAGCUGCUCGCCCCCCUCGUCAUCAUGGGAGACUGUGCCUGAAACUACCCCCACCCCACCCCACCCCACCCCACCCCAACUGCCCCCUCUCCCCUGCCCCGGCCCCAGCCCUGACCCCCGACCCCUAUGGCUUCAGAGCCGCCUGACCCACAGCCCUGCCUGGUCCACACACCUCUGCAGUCCUGGACCCUGAGCUUCCACACACACACAUAAACACGUGCACACACACACUACAUGCAUACUUAUACACACUUACUUACAUACAUACUCACACACCCAUGCACACCCAUACAUCCCUUACACUUACAUACAUCCAAUACCUGCAUACCCAAACAACACACACACACCCAUGACCUGCAUACCCAUACACACAUGCCACUCCCCAGCUGCCCUCUGCUUCCAUAGCACUUUGAAAAGCACAGCAGCCCGGCGUGUCCAGGAGUGUCCAGAGGUGUAGGGAUCAGGGCCCCCCCCGCCCCCCCCUAGAUCGUACUCGCACGGAGUGCCCAAGUAGCCUUUGAUUUGUCCAGUCUAUGGCAGAGUAUUGGAAGCAAGCUCACACACCAAAGGCCCCCUCCCCGUCUACACAACGCGUGCGCACACAUACACACCCCGUUGCUGCUUCCAUAGAAACAAAAAAAUCCACUGUGAAUUUAUUCUUUUUUUUUUUCCAUCUUUUUUUUAAGAUAUUUUUUUAUUUUUGUUUUCAUUCCCUUUGGCCAUGCUGGUCAGUUGAGUUUAUGUGGAAUGUAUUCCUGCUGUUCGGCCGCCACGCACGGCCCCCCGUCUCACGGCACACAGCGCUCUGUCUCGCGCGCGUGCGCACGCACGCGCAACGUCCCCGGUGUCCAGCAUCGGACGGAAGAUCAGAGAGACACACACACCUGACCUGACCUGACCCCCUCACACACAUCCAGGCUGGCAGAAGAAAAUAAAGCCCAUUAUUUUGCACUAGAGUCUCUAGUAUAAUUUAAAGACGCAUUAGUGUAAGUCCCUGAGGAAACUGGUUCUAGUGGAAUAGUAGUAAUAACGAUAAUAAUAAUAACUACUGUGAGCUCUCCCCUCCAAAAUGAUAGAGAAUUGCAGUCGUGUCCUUAGCACUGCUAAUAAGGUGUCUGCUGGGACCCUUAAUGAACUCCACCGAGCGGUCUGUUUAGGCGGAGUGAGCUUUCAGGCCAUGCUUGGAAUUGGUAUUCUGUCUCUGCCUCUUUGAGCAAAGACGUAAAGAGUUUAAUGGAAUUGAAGGUUCCCUUAUGCUUUGAGGCUAUGCCAUUUAAACGGCCCAUGUUAACCCCUAAGCUUUAAGCCUGAGGAUGACGCAGCCGAGAGCCUGUCAGAGCUGCCAAGCGUGAGUGGCGCCAUGCACACGUUUGCUGUCAGCCUCACAACUAGUGUUCAAAGGUUAAGACAAGCACAUUGUUCCGGACGUGACUUAGAGCAAUGAUUUACCUUCACAUUGGGCAACACAGCUCUGCAGCUGUGACAAUAGCCCCCAGGUAUUACCAAUGCUGUCAGAGUGGGGAUCUACCAUGACUGAAAGAGAAGGGGCACAUCCAGGAAAUAAUUUGGAAUAUAGUUUUAAACAUAAUUUAAAACCUGGGAAAGCAUUCCAACAACAACAAACAACAAAAAAAACAAAAACUACAAAAAAAAAGUCUUCCAAGAAAAUGUAGCUGUACGGAUAUGUAUAAGUUCCUUUUAAGGUUUACUUCUCUUAUGUUGAUGGGACAACUCCAUGUCAGAUUCACAUUGUGCCACACUGAUUUUACAUUCAUGUUAAGCUUUUAUCUACAAGUGGGUGCUGUCCAGAUGUUCAGGUGCAACGCCAGAUAUUCUUUUUUAAGCUUUCUUUUAUUGUUCUUUCUUUUUAAAUGUUAAUGGUCUUGAAUAUUGAUGGAAGUUCAAGAUGGCGAUCAGGAGUGAUCCCAGUUGUAAUGUAAGGAAAGAAUGUUUUCAAGAGGAGAGUAUAGUUAAGCGACGAGCAUUGCCCUGUGAAGGCAGCAUGUAAUUCUUCUACUUUGUUUAAAGACGAGUGUUGGCAAUGAUCCCAUCUGGUGAGUGGUGAGGUGCGGUCUCCCCUGUCACCUGUUGGUCUUUAAAUGGUCUCGACUGGCGAUGUCUGCCUGUUUCGGUCGGACAUCUUUGCCAUUGCCAAAGUCUGCACUUCUGAGAAGUCUUGAGACCCGAGUUCCGCUUCCCCCUCUGGUGGGUCUGGGCGUGGCACGCUCAAAUCACCACGGUGACGGAAUUUCUCGUAAGCAUUAGCAGAUUCUUCUGAAUGUGGGGGCAUUGCCAACCCUGCUGUUUGGUACUCUGCAUAGAAACGCUGAUAACAGGACACUGAUUGUAAACCUUUUUUAAAAAACCUUUCUACAGUCGCAUCUUUGUGGGUGUUUAUGUCUUAUAGUAAGACUUACUUGAAAUGUAUAUGCAGCGGUUUCCUCCAAUUUUUGCUUGGGAAACUUCCUUGCUUAAAAAAUAAUCUGAUCAAAGCAUUCAUAAGCUGAAGAAGGCUAUCUCUGGUUUUGAAAGUAACUUCUACCACUUUAGUUCAGUAUUCUGUCUUUACUUUUUUUUUUUUUUGCCUUCAAUGUUUUGUCCAUGAUCAUUUAAACCACCGAUAUGGAUUCUUCAUAGGAUCAGGAGUUUCCAAAUGUGCACAAAGAAAUCGGUGGCAAUUGGCUCAACAUCCUCAGAAACACUUAUAAAGGGUGAAAGGUCUUCCAAAUGCCACCCUUUGUCCAUUGCGUUUAGUUGUGGACUGCCUUGUACCAGGAGACAUGGGAGAAGCUGUCAAUGUUUAUUUUAUGUUCUGACUACAGUAUUGGGCAACACUUCAAGGCUUUGGUUGAGUUCUCCUCCCAGCUAGAUGAAAGUAGCCCAACUGUUAAAUUGAGUUUAACUCAAAUUUAUCAAAACUUUUUUUUUUUUUUUUUUUUAAUGUACCUGUUCUGAAUUCUUGGUUUUGAUUUUUUUUUUUUGUAAGUGUCUGAUUCUGUAGCCUUCGGGCUGCUACUCUUGAGUGUUAUUGAUGCUCCCGUUUCUGGCACUGCUCAUUUCCUACCCCCAAAUCCUCAUGGGAAGAAUUUUUUCCUCUUUUUUUUUAUUUUGGAAAUGUUCAUCUUUGGGAAACAGAAACAUUGAUUUGAAGCACUUUACUGUACCAUGUGACUGACCGCAGUUCACGCGAAGCAAAAUUUAUGACUGUUGUUGCAGAUUUUUGUAUUGUUUUUCUAAAAAAUAAAAAAAAACAAGAAUAAAAAGUG